CCAGUGUCUGUGGUUCGUACUGGUUCCUCAGCAGGUUAACACCCAGUCCAGCCUCCACACAGACACACAGACUACCGCAGGGCUCUGACAGCAGGCUGCUUCCUGCUUCUUCAGCUGGAGUCGCUGUAAAAUCUACAAGACGGAGUGGUAGUUAUAUAAUUCACCGAUCCUGAAGCCGCUUAUUUUUAGUGUAAAAUCCGGAUUAAUACAUUGAACCGAGCUCCGGACCCGGCGGUCCCGCUGUAGUCCUGAAUCUUUGCAUCCUACCAUGAGGGACGGAUUGGAGAUAAACACGCACUGACUCAGACUGGCACCAAUUAUGGGACCCAGAUGGACCUGGUUUCCUGUAGCACACUGUCAGAACAGAGAGCAUCCUGGUCCAGACCCCGAGAGGCAGAAGCGCUGGGCUGAGCUGUUUGAUCAGCUGGAUCUUAAUAAAGAUGGACACAUUGACAUCAGUGAGCUGCGGACAGGGUUGGCAGGCCGAGGGCUUUCCAGAAGCUCCUUGGAGAAGAUGGUGAAGGCUGGAGACACUAACCAGGAUGGAGUGCUGGACUUUGAAGAGUUCACACAGUAUCUUCUUGCCCAUGAAAAACGGCUCAAACUCAUGUUUAAAAGCUUGGACAAGAACAAUGAUGGUCAGAUUGAUGCAGCAGAAAUCCAACAGUCUCUGCGCUCCAUCGGUGUUGACAUCAGUCUCAGAGACGCUACUAGGAUCUUGAAAAGUAUGGACAGAGAUGGAACCAUGACCAUUGACUGGAGUGAGUGGCGAGACUACUUCCUGUUCAACCCUCUCACCAACAUGGAGGAUGUGGCACGCUACUGGAAACGUUCAAUGAUGUUGGAUAUAGGUGAGCAGCUGACAGUCCCAGAUGAAUUUUCUGAAGAGGAGAAGAAGUCUGGUUAUGUGUGGCGUCAGCUGAUGGCUGGAGCCUUGGCUGGAUCUGUAUCUCGGACUGGUACUGCCCCGUUAGACCGGCUCAAAGUCUUCAGACAGGUUCACGGCUCCGUUGAUUUUAAAGGAAAUGUGCUGAGUGGUUUUCGGUACAUGAUUAAUGAGGGAGGGCUGCGCUCCUUGUGGAGAGGAAAUGGAAUGAAUGUUCUUAAAAUUGCCCCUGAAACUGCAAUCAAGUUCACAGCCUACGAGCAGAUAAAGACUGUGAUGCGUGGCAAUGAUGAAAGCAGAAAUCUGAGAGUUCAUGAGAGAUUUGCUGCUGGCUCUUUGGCUGGAGCAACAGCUCAGACAGCCAUUUACCCGCUUGAGGUGCUGAAGACACGUCUCACACUCAGAAACACUGGACAAUACUCAGGGAUAGCAGACUGUGCCAAACAGAUCCUGCAGAGAGAAGGUGUCACAGCCUUCUACAAGGGCUACUUACCCAACUUGCUGAGUAUUGUUCCUUAUGCCGGCAUCGACCUGGCUGUCUAUGAGACUCUGAAGUUUGCCUGGCUAAACAGGAACAGAGGUUUAGCAGACCCAGGAGUCAUGGUGCUGGUUGGCUGUGGGGCCGUUUCUAGCACAUGUGGUCAACUGGCAAGUUACCCACUCGCACUGAUCCGCACCCGCAUGCAGGCUCAAGCACUGAUUAAGGGUUCUCCUAGACCCUCCAUGGCAGCUUUGAUUCACAACAUCGUGACUCAGGAAGGCAUCACCGGGCUUUACCGAGGAAUUUCCCCUAACCUGCUCAAAGUUAUCCCGGCUGUCAGCGUGUCUUACGUUGUCUAUGAAUACACGAGGAUGAUGCUAGGAGUGGACAUUGAGGGUAGGCGGGGAGGGAAAGGAAAAGGAAAAGAUGGAUGAUUUGGAGUGAUUUUCAACUUUAAGUAUGUAUGCAACUGAUUGCACAGCAUGAAGAGAUGCAUCUUUACUGGAUUGAUAAUUCAGUUCAAAGAAGUUUUUCAGCAUGCCAGCUACAGGAUUGAAAAUGCACCAUAAAAGGAUAAGAGAAAACAGUGGAUCAUCUUUAUCUGUUGUGUUCUGUUUCCCGUAUUUGGAGGACCUCACCUGAACCGGCAACUGUUGUGAUCACUUCCAUGUGUGAUUGCAUCAUCAUGCAUGUCUGCAGGUGUGCAAGUUAAUCGGCUGGUCUCCUGCUUCUGCAUUAACACAGACCAACAAAGACCUGCAUGGAGUUGCCUGUGAACAAAGGAGAGAGAUGUACCUAAACUAAGAAACCAUGUUACAUUCUACAGCACUGUUUUUUCUUCCAGGUGGUAUAUAAGGAAGAUACAGGAGUGAUAUGAAGAAUGAUCAAAUUUCCUGCUCUGUGAGUGAGAGGAACCAGGAGUUUCUGCUCAGUGACGGCGCUACAGAGUUCAGUCUUUGACACGUCUUAAUGAAAUGUUACACGCACAAAAAUACAGAAAAGACAGAUUUUUUUUCUUUUUAUGACUACAACUGUGUAAGUUUGGAAGUGAAAGACUGUAUGACAGUCUAAACUUUCAUAUAGUACUUCUAAGCAGAGCACACCAAUGGGUUUCAUCUUUACAGGGGGAACUACCAACACUGCUCAUUUAAGGAGAGUAUUCAUGACAACCUGACCUCAUGCUAAAUGCUCAUGUUUAAAAAUGUUUUCUAUACAGAGAAGUGUAUAGCUUUAUUCUUAUGUUUGUAAUGCAUUACAGGGUCCAGUGCCAAAAAAUAAUUUAUGCACUGUAUUUGCACAAUAUACAGGUUUAGCACAAAGUAUUAAUAUAUUUUUCUCUUUAUCAUGAACAACAUGAGUUUUAAUGUGCCAAUAUCAUAAAUGCAACAAAUAAAUGCUUUCAAAGUGCUUUCUUUCUAGAGAACUUUUAUGUUAAAUAAUGCUGCCUU